CAGGUUGUCAUCGGCGAGAACUUCGUUUGCUUCCCCCACCAUCCUCGUUGCCCGUCACAUCGACUAACAUCUCUCGACAUCGUACGCCAUGCCGCCGAAGAAGCAACAGCAGGGCUCGAGCUCCAAGGUCAAGGAUGACAAGACCUUCGGGCUAAAGAAUAAAAAUAAAUCGGCCAAGGUCAAGCAGCAAGUCGCUCAGAUCGAGAAGCAGCAGGCUUUGGCCGGCAAAUCUCGUGCAGCCCUGGAGAAGGAGAAGGAGAAAGCGAUGAGAGAAAAAGAAAAGGCCGAGGAGGAAAAGCGCAAGAAGGAGGAGGCUGCGCUGCUCAAACCCGUCCAGGUCCAGAAGGUGCCAUUUGGUGUCGACCCGAAGACUGUGCUGUGCGCAUUCUUCAAGGCAGGAUCUUGUGAUAAGGGCAACAAAUGUAAGUUCAGCCACGACCUGGAUGUGGGCCGGAAGGUAGAGAAGAAGAAUUUGUACGAGGAUGUCAGGGAGGACAAGGCGAAAGAUACCAUGGACCAAUGGGACGAGGAGAAGCUUCGCAGCGUGGUACUCUCAAAGCAUGGAAAUCUUCGGACGACAACUGAUAUCGUCUGCAAAUACUUCAUUGAAGCUAUCGAGACAGAAAAGUUUGGAUGGUUUUGGGAAUGCCCAAACGGUGGCGAGCAGUGUCAGUACCGACACGCAUUACCGCCAGGGUUCAUGCUCAGGUCGCAGCGCAAGGCGGCCGAGGAGGCGGAAAAGGCAAACCAGAUCAGCCUGGAGGAGUUCCUAGAAGUUGAGCGGCAUAAGCUGGGAACGAACCUCACCCCAGUCACGCCAGAGACGUUCGCCAAGUGGAAGAAGACGCGGAUGGACAAGAAGCAAGCCGAGGAUGAGGCACUCAGGAAGGCAAAGGAUACGCAAGCCGCAGCCGGCAAGAAUAACGGCAUGAGCGGAAGGGAUCUCUUUACAUAUAACCCCGAGUGGUUCCAAGACGAAGAGGAAGAAGAGGAGUGGGACCUUGCGAAAUAUCGCAAGGAGAAAGAGGAGGAAGAUCUCGCUCGAGAAGGGCAGCGAAUACAGGAUCUCAGCUUGCAGGACGAUGGCUCGCCAAGCCCGACAGGCGAUUGAUUGUGCGCACACACGCGUAUUCAAUACUGUUUUACCAUUGCCUCCAUUGAUCUGCACAUGCCGUAUCACAUCCCAUAAAUAUAUGAAGGUGGUGUAACAUGUACUAUAAAUGCAGCUGCUAUACAGUCCAACCUAGUCGUCCUCAUCGCUACCAUACCCUGUGAGACCGAGACUGGUCGGCAGUGGCGGCUUUGGGGCCGCCUUGGCAGCUCCGUUCGCCAAACCGUUCCGCUGGCGGAUCUCGGUAAAGUAUUUUAAGCUUUCCAGAGUAUCUGCACUGAGUAGACCCGUUGGUUUUGGAGGCUGCUCCACGGGGGACUCCGGCGUAGCUUCGGCUCCCUCUAUCUCGAGCCUCCUCCGCUUUGUCGGUGGCGCGUCUUCUAGUUCCCCGACCUCGGGUUCCUCAUUGUCGAGCUCGACACCCUCCUCCAACGCUCGCACCGCUCGCAUCGCCUCGAUGAUACGCGGAUCCAUCUUCGCCUGAAUAGCCUCCCGGCCCAUCGCCUCUAACCGUUCCCGCUCCUCAACUUUCGACGUAGGGUUUGGGUCUUCUGUUGCCCAGCGUACGUUGAGGAUUUCGUCGUUGUCGAGCGAUUGGCACGCCAUAGCCUCCUUCGCAAACUGUCCGCUGCCUUCGUGAACGUAUGUGACGAAGGCGACACUUCGAUACUGUAGUACACGGACUGCACACAGUACGGUUAGUAGAGCGUGUGGGCAGGAAAAGCGGGGAUUGACGCACUCUUCUCGAUUUCGCCCCACUCCUUGAAAUGCCGCCGCACGACCUCCUCUGUCUCCACGCCUGUGCCUGUUUCCUUUAUCCGCCCAACAUACAACGUCCGAUUCUGCCGCUGGAAGCUGCCCACGCCGCCCAUGUCAUCACGGUAGUCGGCGAACUUGUCCCGCGCGAAACAGUCCUUGGACGUGUCCGGCAGAGCCAGCGACGGAUCCGGUAACGUAUGCAGAUAUUCGCACUCCCAGCCGUAUGGACAGCACCCGCGCGAGAAGAAAAGGCAGCAGUACUUCACGCCUGUUGUAUUCGCUCGUGUCAUGCCCGAGUCCCGCUUGAUGUUACAUCUUGUUUGCGACUUGACUUUGCUGUGUAGUGGUCAGUAAGCC